AUGACCCACAUUGUUAUAUUUCUUCUUGGACUAUCUUUCGCUGCAUUAUUUUCAAUUCUUGUUUUUUAUAUCUUCUUUUACCGCAAAAGAAGAACAACCCAUGAAAUCAAAGACAUUGAAAGCCCAGGAUGCAAACAUGAAGAUACAGUGCAGAAAGAGGACUUGGUGAUCUUCCAAGGAGGUGAGAACCUGACAAUAUGUGACAUUCUUGAAGCUCCGGGGGAGGUAAUUGGGAAAUCCAAUUAUAGCACACUUUAUAAGGCGUUGUUGCAGCGAUGCAAUGCAGUGAGGCUUCUGAGAUUUUUGAGGCCAGUGAGCACUACAAGGGAUGAAGAGUUGGUUGGUGUGAUUGGAAUGAUUGGAGGGAUAAGGCAUCCCAAUUUGGUUCCUCUUGUCGGAUUUUACACGGGGCCAAGGGGUGAGAAGCUUCUUGUUCAUCCCUUUUAUGGUCAUGGGAAUCUCACUCAGUUUGUAAGAGAUGGAAAUGGCGAGUGUUACCACUGGGCUACGAUAUAUCGACUAACCUUUGGCAUAGCCAAAGGACUCGAGUAUCUUCACACUGGACUUGAGAAGCCUAUGAUCCAUGGUAACCUCAAGUCAAAAAACAUCCUUUUAGAUCGCAAUUACCAGCCCUACAUCUCAGAUUUCGGCCUGCAUCUCCUCUUGAACCCCACUGCUGGCCAAGAAAUGCUUGAAGCCUCGGCUGCUCAGGGUUACAAGGCACCUGAACUGAUUAAAAUGAAGGAUGUUAGUGAAGAGACCGAUAUAUUUAGCCUCGGCGUGAUCAUGCUCGAGAUGCUUUCUAGGAAGGAGCCUAUCAAUGAGCAUCCAACCCCUGAUGAGGACUUCUAUUUGCCAAAUUUCAUGCGAACUGCUGUGCUUGGACACAGAAUAUCUGACUUGUACCAUCCAGACAUUCUUCUCAGCAAAAGCAGAGACAGUGGAGGCCCGGUUAGUGAAGAAUGCAUCCUCAAGUAUUUUCAACUUGCUAUGUCUUGUUGUUCUCCUUCUCCUUCAUUGAGACCAAACAUAAAGCAAGUCCUUUGGAAGCUUGAAGAGAUUAUCAAGUAAGAUCCAUGUGUGACUUUGAAGAAAUUUAUUUGAAUACUAGAAGGCAUGGACCACUUGGAGGAAAAUGAUGGGUAGAUUUUCUGAGAAAAUUUCUUCCGUGCCCUUUCGUGCCUCUAC